CUGAUCUCUCGCGAUACUAGCAUAUCCAAUCGGGGCGCAUUAGCGCGAAGUCAAAUCGAGUGUUUUUUCUGGACUAAGCCAAGCGAUCGUUGUUUUAUUCCAGAGUUGUGGUACACUCCUGAGCUUUUUCCACUGUUCAGCAAGAAGACUGCUGGUUUAAGUGGUACUUUACACAAUGGACAACGUAGCCGUUUCAGGAAGAAAGCACACAAAUAAGAAAGGGAACAAAGAGAAUGCUGAGCCUGCACAUGGAAGCAAGUCUUUUAUCAAAAGAAGUAAAACGUCAGGUGCUCCACUCCAACUGCAAAGCAAUGAAACCGUGGCAAAAAAUGGUCUUAAAGCCAAGCCCAAACAGGCAGGCAAUAGGUCAGUGCCUGCUGAGGCUCUGAAACAGCUGAAUACCAUGCAGAAUGCUAGGAAGGGAGCUGCUGCUACUGAUGUCAAACCACGACAAACAUAUAGUCGAGCCUUUCUUACAGAACAGGCUGUGAAAAACAAAAUACUUAAUGAAGCUACAAAGCCACGAACUAAUGUGCCAUCAUCCAAACCGGCUCUAGGAAUGUACAAAGGUAAGAUUGUCCAGUCAAAAAUUGGAUCCAUUUGGAAGUCAAGUGCCUCUGUGGGUGCUGUAGAUCCCAAAGCAUCAGCAGCCAAAACAGGGUAUCAAAGGGUUGGGAAUGUGACACAAAGAAAGUCAAAAUCUGUCUCUGACCUGCCUGGGCGUGGCACACAGAAACCUGCAUCAGCAAAGUCAUUUUCUAGUAGACCUGCUCAAGUGUCCAAGGCCGCUGUCACCAGCCACCCUCCUGUCAGAACCAUCCCAGCAACACUAACCAGUACCAGCUCCAGGAACACUACUGUGGCUACCACCAAUGGAAGUCGGACAGACAAGAUCAACAGGCCUCCUAUCUCAAGCACCCUCAGCCAGUACAGAUUUACCAUGGAGACCAAAGAGGAGAGAAGAGCAAAACUGUCAGAGUGGAAGGCAUCCAAGGGCAAGACUUUGAAGAGACCGGCCAUGACAACAGUAGCACCCCCAAAGACCAAAGUCUCUGCAAAACCUGAAGCUGAUCUUAAAUCCCAGCCACAUGCUGAACCCAAGGCUGCUGCACAGUACAAUCCUGAACCCGAACACAGUCUGGAAGCACAGAAGUUGGAUUCUAGUGCUGCUGCUCAUUGUGUAGCUACACACAACCAAACUCCAGUCAUCAUGAACACCACCCUGGUGCUGCUGGAAAACUCUGAUGAUGAUCUGCCCUUUGACCCACAGGAUGGAGUAGACGAUAUUGUUGUGAACCUGUGUGAUGCCUUGGAGGCAAUGGUGACACCCUCUAGAUGCAGUGGUGAACUUGCACAGGUGGCAGAUGAGUGUCAUGAUGUUGAAAUGGACAACCCAAAGGAUAAAAGUAAAAAAGAGAUGAUGACUGAAAUGUCAGGGGAUGUUGGCAAGUGGGCAAAGGUUGAGCAAGUGAAGAAUGGUGAAGACAGUGGACACGAAGUGGAGGUGGAUGAUCAGGAAGUAGAAAGUGAUGAUAAAGAAGAUGUGACCACAACACAGGAGGGGGGUGCUUCAGUAGUAAGAUACAGUGUGAAGACAACUCCAUACCUGGAAAGUGUCAAGAAGGCAAUUGGUGAAGCCAGGCCAAGUACAUCCAGGAGAAAGAGCAACAUCAAAGAUCUGAAGUUUCUGACACCAGUGCGCCGCUCCUGUCGCAUCCAAUGCAAAUCCUCCCAGCUGCCGUCCAUGCUGGUUGACCAUGAUGCGUGUGUGUCGUCACUGGCUGAGCUGGUGAGGUUGGAUGAUAGUCCCAAUGCCUAUAUUUACCGAAAAAACCCUGCCCUUCUGGAAGAUCUGCCAGACCAGACCGGACUGUAAGGGGUGUUGUAGCUAUAUUAGUUAAAAAAAACUAACACACACACACACACCAUUCAAAAAUGUAUGGGGUGACACUAAUGGACACUUAAUAUUGAUAUUAACAUGGUUUUAAGCUCUGCAUGUAUUCAAACCACUGUCAGUCCAUUGUUUUGUGGUAUUGCAGGAAGAAUGUAGUUUUCUGAAUGUAUUAUAAAUACAUUUCCUUAACUGUUAAUUUUAACAAAGUUGACAAAUGCACUACAAUGACUUUCUUCAUUAAAUGGUAGUACUUUGAUAUGAAACUGAAAUUUGAUCAAUUUAUGUUAUUAUACAUUGUACCUGAAAGUAAACAGUCUGUGCUGAUGCCAAUGAGUGAAGACCAGUAAACAAGCAAAUAAAUAUCCUGUGAUAACCAGAA